GGAUUCUUAGCUUUGGUGCCAGCUGAGCUGAUGGAGUAAUCAAUCUGUCCCUCUUGUAGUAGUAGGAUUUUGUUUUAUACUAUUAUCAGGAGUAUGCUGUAGCACGUACGUCACGCACGGAACGAGGAGGAUCGGAGAAUGUCGAUAUAACAAGCAUCUUGAUUGCAGGAUCGAUCAUCAAGCACAACUUGUCAAUCAUGGGGCGCGGUCUCCUCUGCCUGCUGCUGCUGCAGCUCGUCGGCCUCGUCGUCGCCGGCGGUGGGCGGUGGCGGUGGCAGGAGGAGUUCCUCCGGCUGCCGUCGUCGGAUGAGACGACGAGGUGGGCGGUGCUGAUCGCGGGGUCGAAUGGGUUCUAUAACUACCGGCACCAGGCGGACGUGUGCCACGCGUACCAGAUCAUGAGGAAGGGAGGCGUGGAGGAGCAAAACAUCGUGGUGAUGAUGUACGACGACAUCGCCCACAACCCCGACAACCCCAGGCCUGGGCUCAUCUUCAACCACCCUUCCGGCCCCGACGUCUACGCCGGCGUCCCCAAGGAUUACACCGGCGACGACGUCAACGUCAACAACUUCCUCGCCGUCCUCCUCGGCAACCGCUCCGCCCUCACCGGCUCCGGCAGCGGCAAGGUCGUCGCCAGCGGCCCCAACGACCACGUCUUCGUCUACUACGCCGACCACGGCGGCCCCGGCGUCCUGAGCAUGCCAGCCGACGGCGAGUACCUGUACGCCGACGACCUGGUCAAGGCGCUCAAGAAGAAGCACGCCGGCGGCGGGUACAAGAGCCUGGUCGUGUACGUGGAGGCGUGCGAGUCCGGCAGCAUCUUCGAGGGCCUCCUGCCUUCCGACAUCUCCGUGUACGCCACCACGGCCUCCAACGCGGAGGAGAGCAGCUGGGGCACCUACUGCCCCGGCGACGACCACGACGCCCCGGCGGCGGAGUUCGACACCUGCCUCGGGGACCUCUACAGCGUGGCGUGGAUGGAGGACGCGGAGGCGCACCAGGAGGGGCGCCUCGCCGAGACGCUGCGGCAGCAGUACAGGACGGUGAAGAACCGGACGUCCGACGAGGGCACCUACACGCUCGGCUCCCACGUCAUGCAGUACGGCGACAUGGCGCUCGCACCGCAGAGCCUGGACCUCUACUACAUGGAUACAUCACCUGCGACGGCGAACGACCACAAAUUAGCUGCUGCUGGCGCCAAAGGCAGCCACUCCUACACUGUGUCUGUGAAUCAGCGCGACGCCGAUCUGCUCUACUUGUGGCGCAAGUACCGGAGAGCCGGCGAGGGGACGGCAGAGAAGGUGGAGGCUCGGGAGCGGCUUGUGCAGGAGAUGGGACGGCGAUCGCGCGUGGACAGAAGCGUGGAGAUGAUCGGGGGCCUCCUCUUGGGCGGCGCCAAGCACAAGCAGCAGGUUGUGCGGGAGCGGGCUGCGCUGGUUGAGGACUGGGAGUGCCUCAGGUCGAUGGUGCGGACGUUCGAGGAUCAGUGUGGGUCGCUGGGACAGUACGGGAUAAAGCACAUGCGCUCCUUCGCCAACAUCUGCAACGCCGGCGUCCCCCACCACGCCAUGGCCAAGGCCGCCUCCCUGGCCUGUCCAUCCCCUCCUCCGUUACACUUAUGAUCUCUAAUUGAUCUCCAUCACUAGCUGCAGCCUGCAAUAACAAUGAUCGAUGUAAUGUGCAUCACCAAAUCAAAUAUAUGUCAUCAUACUACUGCCUAGCUGCCACUGUCAACGGCCGGCUAAAUACAGAUUAUUAUUCCAGCGUUGCCACCAGUAAUCUGCACAUGAUAAGCGUCCUGCACGGUGAGCAUACAGAUUAGGGGUACAUAUAUGUCCUAUUAAUUGUAUCCCAUCGCUUAAUUACAAACAAACUUCUUCAUUUUAAUUAAGACUACUUUAUUUA